CCUCACAUCAAAUAUGUCAGUCGUUAACGGUGAUAUUGCAACUAGUUCAGGAUAUACAACCACAAGUCUCAAGCGACAUCCGACUUACUGGCUGGAAGACGGAUCUCUAGUCGUCCGAAUACAAGACACGGGUUUCAAGGUCCACCGGACACUGUUACAACGAAAUUCGCCCUUUAUCGCAUCUGGAACCUGGAACUCUGAAGAAAACAAUCGACCGGCCUCGGAGGAAGUCGAGGGGUGUGCGGUCUUUUCGAUUCCAAUCGAUCGUGGCGUCUCUUCGGAUGACUUUCAGACAUUGCUGGAGCACCUGUACCAUGAUGCGCCCCUGGACACAGACGCUCCGUUUGCCCGCACUGCCGCAGUACUGCGCGUGGCAUCGAGCAAACAGUUGGAUUUUCCCUCGAUAUACUCAAUAGCCCGGAAACGCUUUGAGGAGCUCUACCCGAGCGGUCCGCAACCAUUCGUGCAUCCGGACAACAUAGAGGAAGCUCUCGAAUUAGCCGUAGAGCACAAUAUUGAAUCGGUUCAGAGAGGUCUUUUCUACAGUAUAGUAACAACAUCCGAACUCCACGACGAGGAAGAAGCUGGGAUGGGCGAGGCUGUCACGGCCGCAGCCCCGGCCAACGAAAGCGUACCUCUCGACAGCAGACCGCUUUCGCCUGCCAAUAAGGAGCGAGCGAAGAAAUUAAUGAACAGCAUCAUGGAGCACUUCACGCCCAUCCUAUUUACUGUUGAGACCGCUGAACACAUGCCGUGCACAGAUACCUUCGCGGAUAAAUGGAUGCCGCUCGUCAUCGGUCCAGCGCUGGAGAAUGGCGGCGUAGGGAAGCCGCUUGAGACGUUGCAGAAUAUCAUCGACGUUGACUGGGAGGCGGAGGGCCUGUGCGCCGAGUGCGCGGCGCUGAAGAGGCAGGAAUGGAGAGAACAGCAGGAGGAUAUAUGGGCGAAAAUAGGCGUUUGGCUCGCUGAAACCCGGUAGCUCCUGACGCGGGAGUUUCAUGAGCCAGGGAGAGCAGCAGGACCGUUGGCAUGGAACGUUUACGCCCUCGGAGAUUGCCAUGAACGAAGAAUUGUCGGCGCAUGGGGACCCACUUGUUGUCUUGUGCCAUGCUACAUAUAACCCUCAACCGUUUUAUCCCAUUUCCGAAAUCUAACAAAGAAUAUAUCGUGGCAUCCCGCGAUGCUGUAUGAUGCACAUAUGCGCUAUCCAAUGGCAGGUGCGUGCAGGUCGGAC